CUUGUUCCUUUUUCAAUGAUUCUCGGGGUGUGAAUGGGGUGCAUGUUUUCUCAGUUGGCUGCCAAGUUUGCUUUUUUCCCACCAUCUCCACCAACUUAUCAGGUUAAGAAGGACGAUAACAAUGAGAAACUCAAGGUGGUUUCGUCUUCCUCAAUGCCUGCUCCCGUUGCCGACGAUCCUUCUUUGGAUGUGCUUUUGAUCGACACCAAACUCGGGAACAAGAUUGUUGGUUUUUACUUGAAAAAUCCAUACGCACGCCUUACCCUGCUCUACUCUCAUGGCAAUGCUGCUGACCUUGGCCAACUCUAUGACCUCUUUGUCCAGCUCAAGAUCAACCUCAGAGUCAAUCUCAUGGGGUAUGACUAUUCUGGCUAUGGUGCAUCAUCUGGGAAGCCAAGUGAAUCAAACACUUAUGCUGAUAUAGAGGCGGUGUAUCAGUGUCUUCAGACAGAGUAUGGAAUUAGUCAGGAAGACUUGAUUUUAUACGGACAGUCAGUCGGAAGUGGACCAACGCUACAUUUGGCAGCUAAACUUCCGAGGUUAAGAGGUGUAGUUUUGCAUAGCGGCAUUCUUUCCGGCCUUCGUGUGCUCUGCCAUGUUAAGUUCUCGUUCUGCUUUGACAUCUAUCAGAACAUCAAGAGGAUUCAGAAGGUGAAGUGUCCUGCCCUUGUAAUACAUGGUACGGAAGAUGAUGUUGUCGAUUGGCUGCAUGGAAAUGGACUUUGGAAAAUGGCAAGGGAACCGUACGAGCCUCUGUGGAUCAAAGGAGGUGGUCACUGCAACUUGGAGCUAUACCCUGAUUAUGUUCUGGGAAAAAGUUUUCUUUUUGCUGAUUAA